GGGUAAUACCGGACAGCGGGGUAAUACCGGACUGCGUUGUUUGUGCACGUAUCGGCAUAUUAUUGAAUUUCGCGCUCAACACAGGCUGACCGUUAGACAUCUGAAUCUCAGUUCUCAGUUUAGUCGCUGCCACGUGCUUGCAAAGAGAGUUAUCACAAAAAUUACAAAAUUUAGUGUGUGAUUAUAUGAAUUAACUGAUUUUAAAGAUGCCGCGGAAUUAUAAAAGAGUCACCGAAAAAGCUUCGUGGAGAGAGGAGGAGUUGCAAGGAGCACUCCGUGCUAUACAGAAUGGUAUGUCGUUAAGAAAAGCUGCAAUAAAAUUUUCAAUUCCAAAAUCUACGUUACACGAACGACUUAAAAAUGGCACUGCCCCUUCUGGACCUUCCUUGGGCCGAAAGCCAGUUUUUUCAGUUGAAGCCGAAAAUGCACUUGCUGUUCAAAUUAAGAAGCUGGCAAAAGUUUUUUAUGGAAUAACUCCCCAGGAAGUACGAAGAUGUGCUUUUGGAUUUGCACAAUCAAAAUGAGUCCCCUUUAAUCAAGAAAGAAAAAUGGCUGGUAAAGACUGGGAAAGGGGCUUCAUAUCUCGUCACAAUAUUACGUUAAGGAAUCCAGAAGCAACCAGCAUUAACAGAAUUACAGCUUUUAGUCGCAAUGAAGUUACCAUUUUUUUUAACAAUUUAUCCAGACUUAUGGAAAAAUAUGCAUUUUCACCCAAUAAAAUUUAUAAUUGCGAUGAAACUGGGGUCACUACUGUACAACGCCCAAAAACUACUCAAAACAAAUGAGACUACCCCUGAAAAAAAUAGUAGUGUGAAUGAGACAGAAUUAAAAAAUGUUUCCUUUGCCGAGAUAAUUCCUCUACCAUCUUGUUAUCACGAAAAUGUUGUAAAGAGACAAAAUAAGGCAAACAAGCAACACCCUAUUGUAUUUACGUCAACACCGCUAAAAGAAGAGCUAGAAAAAAAAGAAGACAAGAAAAAUAAAAAGACAACAAUCAAAUCAGAUAAGGCUAAAAGAAAUGUAUUUGUGACACAGGAGGGGUCUACAUUAAGACAAAAAUCAAAGCGAACAAAAAUUGCCUUAAACUAUAAAAUAUGUGAAGAAGGAGAAAGUGAGAUAGAGGAUGAUGACGAUGUUAGGGACAAGAACAUUACCGAAGACAUUUGCAUUUUGUGUGGAGAAUUUGGCAAGAACAGUGAACUUUGGCUAAGAUGUGUGUAUUGUGGUCAUUGGGCACAUAAGGCAUGUUCUAACUCUCCAAAAGACAAAAAAUUUAUUUGCGACUUUUGUUUGUAAAAGGUGUCCGUCAUUACCCCAACAUAGAGGGUAAUACCGGACAGUGACAACUUUUUUUAUAUGUAUAUUUUUAAUUUUGUAUUGUAAUUUUAAAAUGUUUUUUUAAUCAAAAUUUGUAGACUAACAUGUGUUCUUCAUUUUUGCUUAGGUUUAAAAUUUUAAUGUCGUCUAAUAAUAAAAUAAAUUCUAAUUAUC